AUGAUUGCCUUACAGCAAGGAACCACUGAUGAUAAUUUCCGCCGAUCACUAGCCAAGAGGGCCCCUGAAAACAUGAAUGAGCUCCAAGAGAGGGCCGGGAAGUAUAUCAAGACUGAGGAAAGCCUGAAGAAAUCCCAGAAUAACCAGGGACCGACCCCGAACCCAAAGAAACGUGGAAACGACACCGAGUACAACGCGGAUAGUAAGUAUUCAAAGACAGGGGAUGGUGAUAAGUCCCCGACUAAAAAGAGAGCAGGACUGAGGUUCACUGAGUAUGCAAGGCUGAAUGCCCCUAGGAGUCAGAUCCUGAUGGAAAUUGAGAAAGAUGGAAGUUUAAAGGAUGAGAUUGAGUUUUUGAUCCGGAAAGGCAAGUUGUCUAGGUAUACUAGGGAUACAGACAGGAAUUCCCGUGACAAUGACAAUCGUGGAAAAGACAACGAUGAUAGGGAUAAGAGAAACCAGCCUAGAGGGCCUGUGAUCAAUGUAAUCUCUGGAGGACCGACCGCAGCAGGCCUAUCUACUAACUCACGAAAGGCUUAUGCUCGUGAAGUGAUGUGCAUUCUUGGAGAGCCCCCGAAGAGGGCAAAAAUUGAGUUUUCUCUAGCAUUCGACAAUUUAGAUCUUGACAGAGUUAAAUUUCCCCAUGAUGAUCCUUUGAUGGGAUAUUCUGAUUCGCAAUUGACACCUUCAGAUUUGCCUAUAUACGGCUUUAAUAACGUGGAGACAAAGAUUGAAGGUAUGAUCCAACUACCCGUGACAAUGGGCACCGAGCCUAGACAGGCCACAUGUAUGCUGAAUUUUUUGGUCAUUAAGGCUUCAUCAACCUACAAUGCUAUCCUUGGAAGGACUGGGAUACAUGCUUUUAAAGCAAUCCCAUCCACCUACCACUUGAAGAUCAAAUUCCCUACCAAGAACGGAGUGGGAGAAGAAAUAGGAGAUCAAAAUAUGGCUAGAAGUUGUUAUGUGGGGGCUCUGAAAUCUGGAGGAACCGGGAGGCAGGUUCUCCCAAUUGAGGACUUGGAUGUCCGAGAAGAAGAGGAAAGUAGAGGGAAACCUGCUUCUUGGUUCCCAUCUCCCUAUAACCGAAUGAGCCCGAGAAGGUGA